AUGCAGCAAAAUAGUAACUGCGCCAUUUGCAGUUAUCCGUUGGCGCGCGGCAAUUGCAGGAUCGUGGGGAAGAAGGGAAUUAGUACACUGAUCACACAGAGCAAACGCGUGGAAGACAAAAAAUGGUUGGAUUGGGAAAAAAAGAAAAAACUGGACUGCCAUGAGAAGUGUAGACUUUCAUACUCGGUCAGUGGAACGUAUACUCAGCAUUUUGCGUUGAAUGCACCAAAUAACAAUGUCGUAGCUGCAAGCGAUGAGGUUCCUGAUUUCCAUUACGCGGAUAAUUGCUUCAUUUGUGGUUUGAGUAUAAUAAAAGAUGCGAAAACAAAAAUCUGUACAGUCACACAAAAAUAG